AUUAGCUAGUCGACGCAAGAGUUUCUUCUCCUCUUACAUGAGUUUCAUUUCCUUUGCCACAGCCCGUAUCUUAAUUUUGGACAUGAUCCAUUUGACGGUUCGCGCACUAUUCUCAUUAGUAAACACUUCGCUUACUUAAUACAGUUGUUUUACCGCUGGUACUACGUAUCGUUGCCGCUUUUGCCGGUACUGUUGUGAGGCAUCGAGCCAGAAGACUCUCGUCAACCAAAGGCGACGUAAUUACUGCGCGAAACGACAGAAGAUAUACGAAUCCUUUAAUAGGGACUGAGAUGACUUAUGCAAGAAAGGCUUUUGCAUAAGUUUGAUGAUACUGUUACAAUCGACGGAGUUGGCGGUCCGUGAUUGAAGUUUCGAUUAAUCAAAAUUUUCUAUGAAUGAGAGUGAUUGGACUCUGGACCAACAGUUCACCUUUGUUUAGCAAGUAAGACGAAGCGUAACAAUGCGUUACUAUUCAUUAUUAUCCUAUUGGUCUAUUUUGAUCUACCUCUCAAUCGUACCGGUAAUCACCGAAGUUCCACCAAUACUACCUACCAACGAAAAAGAGCUAAAGACAACACUGGACGAUAUUUCGUACUCCAUAAACAAAUUGGCCAGUCCCGACUUUAAGGUGAGCCCAACAUUUUUCGAACGUCUAUUGCGAAGUCUAGAGUCUUCCGAUACGCCCCAGCCCCCAGCACUUCAAGGAAAGAGAACUCUAGGAGGUACUUUAAGAGACAUCACAAAAUUUGUGGUCAAUAUUAUCCGACGAUUAUUCGACCUUAUUAAGUCAAACGGCGUCCUUGAAUCGCGUACCACAUUAUCCUGCGCACUUGAUCCUACGUUACGGCUGCAGUUUAGGCGAUCAACCAAAACAAAUUGGCUUUCGGAUUCAACAAUAGCACAACCGGCCAGAACUUGUCAACGACUCCCAGCUAGCUCCGGUCCUGCAGAGAGGGGUCCUGUAUUCAUCAUGCCUAAGCAAGCAUGAUGAACGGCUAUAGACGGAAUGCGAACAGGAAAUGGCAGACAAAAACACUUUGACCAAUGGUAACUUCAGGCAGACCACAGCACAGCUACGAUUAACCAACAACAUAUUUAUAGCGUUGUAUCUAUUUAGAACAAAAAAAAAAAUAAAUAAAUUUUUGUUCCGUUCAAGACCAUAA